AUGGACUAUUCAUCGACUGUAGAUACGAGCGAGAUCUGGCAGAGAUCUUCUGCCUAUUCUCUACUGCUGAGUUCAAACACACGCCAAAAUACAACGACUACUACUAUACAAUUGAGCGACGAGAUGAUAGAAGAAUGGAAGUCGUUAUGUACCAACAACAAGUGGAUGAUUGGAAGGAGGAGCACUUCGACCAGUGGGUGGAGCGAUCCAUCUUCGCUCUGUUCCAAUACUAUAGGCUCAACCCCGACGUACCUCGACACGAGCUUAUCACCUUCCUCCCCUUCCUCAACAAUAACGAUUUCAGACAUGGAGCAUGUGACGAGUACGGGGUAUAUACCCUGUACAAUAGAAGAACCAGUGGAGUGGCAGCCAGAUGGAGCUUUGUCGAAUUACAAUCUGUCUGGAGAAGAGACUUCGAUAGCGUAUUACUUCCCUCCUGGAAGUGAGAUGCCGCCUGUGAGUUUAGUAGAUGGAUUAUGGGACUUGAGUUCUUUACCAGUGUACAAAGGAACAUCAGCUAUCGAAGAGCAAUACCAACCAACGACCACUUACUCAGAGUAUCCCUGA